AUGACUAUGGGUGAAGUUGAGAAAAAGCCUAGAAGAAGGUUUGUUGGUAUCAAAAAAGCUGCAGAAGAAAGUGAUCCCUCGGGAUCAACCACUGAGCUAGUGAAGAAAAUCAAGCCUAAGACUAACAUUCGUCAUGCUAUUAAUCAGAUACCGCCGGAGCUUUUAAAUGACGAAGAGUUAAAUGCUGCUAUCAAGCUUCUUCCCUCGAACUAUAACUUUGAAAUACAUAAAACUGUAUGGAACAUUAGAAAGCACAAAGCAAAGCGUGUUGCUAUUCAAAUGCCUGAAGGGUUGCUCAUAUACUCUUUGGUGAUAAGUGAUAUUUUGGAGCAGUUCUGUCAGUGUGAGAUUGUGGUUAUGGGCGAUGUUUCUUAUGGUGCAUGCUGUAUUGAUGACUAUACAGCAAGAUCGUUGGAUUGUGAUUUCAUUGUCCAUUAUGCACAUUCCUGCUUAGUUCCGAUCGAUAUUACUACUAUCAAGGUACUUUACAUCUUUGUCACUAUCAAUAUUGAUGAGACACAUCUAAUAAAGACGUUACAGAAGAACUUCCCAAGAGGUUCACGGAUUGCUGCAUUCGGAACAAUUCAGUUUAAUCCAACUAUCCAUAGUAUGAAGGACAAAUUGUUGCAGUCGGAGGAACACAUGUUAUAUAUCAUCCCCCCUCAGAUCAAACCACUUUCGAAGGGUGAAGUUCUUGGGUGUACUUCUGAAAGACUAAACAAGGAACAAAUAGAUGCGAUGGUUUAUGUUGGGGAUGGUAGGUUUCAUUUAGAAUCGGCCAUGAUUCAUAACCCUGAAAUUCCUGCUUUCAGAUAUGAUCCCUAUAAUAGAAGAUUCACCAGAGAACGUUACGAUCAGAAGCAAUUGGUAGAGGUAAGAGCAUCUGCCAUUGAUAAAGCUCGCAGUUCGAAGAAAGUUGGUUUGAUACUUGGCGCGUUAGGUAGACAAGGUAAUCUAGCAACAGUUGAAAAUCUCGAAACUAAGCUCAAGGCUUCCGGAAGGACUGUAGUAAAGAUUAUUCUCAGCGAGAUUUUCCCACAAAAGCUUGCAAUGUUUGAUGAUAUCGAUGCCUUUGUUCAAGUUGCCUGCCCAAGGUUGUCCAUUGAUUGGGGGUAUGCUUUCAAUAAACCAUUACUAACACCGUACGAAACUAACGUGAUGCUUGAAAACGACCGGAUGUUCAAUGAGAAAUAUUACCCGAUGGAUUAUUAUCAUAUUAACGGAUAUGGUAGAGGUAAGGUCCCAAACCAUGACGACGUAACUAUCUAA